GGGCCGAGUCAUGGCAGACACAACGGGUCGUGGUGUGGUGCUGUGGCUGCUGGUGGGACUGCUGGCAGCGGUCGCCGCCCGGGAGAUAGUCCGCCGCGAUGUGGCGGUGGAGAAGGUAGACCUGGAGGCGGCGGCCACCCACCACGGCGGCCACUGGGAGCACGGCGGCGGCCACCACCACCACGACGGCCACCACGACCACCACGGCCACCACGACCACAAGGGCCACAAGGGCCACCACCACCACGAGCACGGCGACCACGGCCACCACGACAAGGAGCACCACCACGGCCACUACGGCGAGGACGGCGGCCACAAGAAGCACCACCACCACGACGACCACCACUACCACGAGCACCACCACGGCGAGAAGGGCGAGAAGGGCCACUCUCACGGUGAGCAUGGCCACUACAAGAAGGGCCACCACACCGACGGCAAGCACGAGAUCCACAAGCUGGACGAGUACAAGAAGCACAAGGACUUCUGGGACGAGCACCACGACGAGGGACACCACGGCAAGAAGGGCCACCACCACCACGAACACGGCUACGACGAGGGCGGCCACCACAAGGGCGGACACCACCACCACGGCCACCACGACCACCACCACGGGCACAAGGGCCACCACCACAAGGGGCACCACCACCACGACCACAAGGGCCACCACGGCCACCACGGCCACGACCACCACCACGACCACCACGAGGACCACGGCGGCAAGCACGGCCACGAAGAACACCACCACCACCACCACAAGAAGGGCCACAGCCACCACGGCAAGCACUGAGUGUAGUGCCGGUCCGACCUCUCUCCUUUAUUGUUACUGUCUGUCUAUUGAUUGGUUCAGCUCCCUGUACCACACACUGUCUGACAAGCUGAGGCAGUCGUGGUACUUCCCGCCUGUCUCAGAGCAUUGUUACUGUUAUUGUUGUUGUGUGUAUGUACUAGUCCUUAUACGAAUUCAAUCGCAAUAAAGCAAGUUACAAGAAA